AUGCGGCCCCAUCGACGUCUGCGUGAGUCCCUCACGCCCCAGCAGUUGCGUGAGUGGUACGCUGGUUGGGGCUGUAGGGGUGGUGGCGCUACUACUGCUACCACUCCUGCUGCUUCUACUACUGGUGGCGGCCAGAUGCAGCUCCCGCGACCCCCCCGCGCGUCUCUCACGCCUCAGCAGCUUCGUGAGUGGUACGCUCAGAGUGGAGGGUCUCUCAGUUCUGUUCGCUGCUCUUACGUGAUUCUCACUGGUGCUCGGACUGGUCAGCCUUGUGGGACACCUAGUCAUACACAGUCCCGCUGCUUCGCCCGUCUGAGCGACGCCUGGCGUACCGUGUUUGGCGACGAGGCUGAGCUCCCCGACUGGGUGGAGUUGCUUAGGCAGAGGGUACAUAUAUUUGCUCUUGACUAUGAUGCUAUUCUCACUGCCAUGUAUGCAUUGCCUACUAGUGCUGACCGUACCGGUCACCUGUGCGUACUGCCUGACCCGGGUAUAGGACCUGCUGCUCUAGCUACUGGUGGGGCUGCUGCUGCUCUGGGUGCUAGUGAGUCUCCUGCUCCAGGUACAGGUGCGGCUGCUGCUCUAGGUGCUAGUGAGUCUGCUUCCUCAGGUGCGGGUGAGGCUGCGCUCUCAGGUACCACGUUGGCUUCGGCCUCCCUCACCUUUACACUUGACUCUGGGGCUUCUCGCUCCUUCUUUCGGGACCGCACCACACUCACGCCGCUUGGUCGGCCUGUUGCAGUCUCCCUGGCUGACCCCUCUGGGGGUCCUGUCCUCUCUCACUUUUCCACUGUCCUCCCGUGUCCGGCUGCCCCCUCGGGCACCCUGUCUGGCCUGUACCUCCCCUCGUUCUCGACGAACUUGGUGAGUGGUGCAGACCUGCAGGAUGCGGGGGUUCACCAGUUCACUCCUGCGAGUCAGCGGGUGACCCACUGCACGGACGCACGCACAGGCCGGCACCUGGCCACGUUCUCGCGUCGGCCGGGGUCGAGCCUCUACACCCUGACCACUGAGUCUCCUCCUGUCCCUGCGUCCGGUCAGGUAGCAGCGUCAGGUCCGGUGUUUGCUGCUGCGUCCAGGUCUGGUCCUGAGUCAACCCCCUGCUCGUGUCGCCUCUUGUCUCACGAGACUCUCCUGUGGCACCACCGUCUUGGCCACCCCUCCUUGCCCCGUCUUCGGGGCAUGGCUUCCCGUGUCCUUGUCUCUGGUCUUCCCCAGUCUCUCCCUCCCCUUCCUUCGGGACCAGGACCUCCCUGUGUCCCCUGUGUCGAGGGGCGCCUCAGGGCUGCUCCUCACUCCUCCCAGUUUCCCCCGACAGAGGCUCCUCUGCAGACACUUCACAUGGACGUGUGGGGCCCGGCCCCCGUCCGUGGGCAGGGUCACGAGCGCUACUUCCUGUUGGUGGUUGACGACUACUCGCGUUACACCACAGUCUUCCCCUUGUGCAGCAAGGGUGCUGUCACUGAGACCUUAACGCUUCCGGACUCUCCACAGCAAAAUGGGAUUGCUGAGCGCCGCAUUGGCAUGGUCAUGGAUGUCGCUCGUACGUCCAUGAUGCAUGCGGCUGCCCCCCAUUUUCUGUGGCCGUUUGCGGUUCGGUACGCGGCGCAUCAGCUCAACCUUCACCCCAGGGUCUCUCGGCCCGAUAUGUCCCCAGUGUUACUGUGGACGGGGAAGGUCGGCGAUGCGUCUGCGUUCCGUGUCUGGGGAUCUCGGGCGUUUGUCCGCGACUUGUCUGCGGACAAGCUGUCCCCCCGUGCUGCUCCCUGUGUCUUCCUUGGCUUCCCCCCUGACGCUCCAGGGUGGCAGUUCUACCACCCCUCCUCUCGUCGUGUUCUGUCCUCCCAGGACGUCACGUUCGACGAGUCAGUCCCCUUCUACCGCCUCUUCCCCUACCGUACUCCUUCCCUCCCCCCCCCACCGGACUUCCUGGUGCCAGUUCCCCCCCCGGUAGACCCCCUCCCCCCUCAGGUUCCUGCCCCUUCAGGUGUGUCCCAGGUAGACACAGUCGAGCCAGUCGAGGUUGCUGCUGAGUCUGGUCCUGCUGCGGGUGCAGAGUCUGGGGGUGCUACGCCUGCGGGUGCUGAGCUUGGGGGUGCUGCUGCUGGGGGUGCUGAGCCUGGGGCCUGGGGGUGCUGA